AUGCCGGGAUCUCUCGGGGUCUAUGCAGCCGAAUCCUUGGCAGCAGACUCUGCGCCUGAAGCAGCAUACACGGCCCUUGACGAGUAUGCCACCCAGUAUGCGUCUCGGUGGCGCACCCAACAUGGCUACGCGAAUGACACUGACUUCGCAUUUGCGUUCGCUAGCUAUGAGGAGGCACGCGCUACGGGAGGAACCCUGAUUGCAGAAGAGUGGGCAACCAUUCGAUCUGAGGCAUCAGGCUCUCUCUUUGGAGCAGUGGCGUCUGCAUUGGAUGCGCCGGUGGGUUCGAGCAACCUGGCAGCGCAGGUGGCACGGAGGCCGACUACCUUCCUCAAGAGAGUGGCGGCCAAGGGGCGAUUGUUUCGUAGCCGUGCUCAUCGAGAUCCCCCCCAGGCCCAAAGUCAGGUCAGUCUGGCGGAGGAGUUCGCUGACGAGCUAGCAGAGGCACUGUAUCAAUUGGGGGCCAUGAAGCCGGCUGGGGAAAUCACGGCCCAGUUGGAGCAGGAGUGGCGUGCAGCUCUGAGGCGUCGGGCCACGGGGAAGAUCCUCGUCACAGAGCGGCCUACACUGAAGGGGGCACUUCUCACUUUCGGCGAACUCCAAGUCCAUAUGUUUGAACGAGGUCGCCGCUUUCCGCCAGGAGCAGUCGAUGUGGACGCCUUUCUCUUUGGUGGGACCAAAGCACAGUCGCGGGCCUUGGCCGGCCUGAAGUGGCUAGCCAAAACGGGCACCUUGGGCCUCGAGUUGGGAGGUUACGACUUCCGCCAGAACCCCCAAAAGGAGCCCAAGCAGGCGGCGGUGCUGGUGCCAACAAUGGUACCUAUCCUGGAGCAAGCAGUGCAGGACAUGUAUCAGGCCAACAACCCUCUGUGGCGUGCUCUGGUGGGGCUUUGGUGCUGCAUGACGGGGUGUUUGCGGUUUGAACACUUGCGGCGGGCAUCCCCUAUGCGCCUCUCCAGAUCGACCUUCCAUUUCCACUGCAGUCGAGGGAAGCAGCGCGGCAAUCGUGCAGGCUUCGACUUUGCGGUGCCAGCGGUCUUUUGCUCUGGAUGGCCUUGGGCCCGUCUCUGGUUGAAGAGUUGGCAAGCCCUGCCCCAAGGUGCACAGACCUACAGCGGGUUGCCAUUCGAUGCUGCAGGGGCACCCUUUACCACGGCCCAAGCCAUCAAGGUGGCGCAGGACAUCUUCACGCCACAUGUGGGAGCUGACGUUACCAGCUUAACGUCAUACUCGUUUCGGCGUGUAGGGCCGACAUACGCCAAUUUGGCCGGAUGGGCAGCUUCGGAUCAACUUGCACUAGGAGAUUGGCUAGACACAACCAAGCAGAAGGCCCAGGGAAUCACUAUGCCACUGCGUUACAGUGGAGCCAGGUAUACGACGAGUGUCCGUCGUAAGCACUGGCUGGCAGGCUCCAUCGGCGUGCUGACCUCCUUUGCGACAUGGGAUGAGAUUCCAGGUGCCGAGAUGGCCAAGGCGGAGUCGACCGGGGCGGCAGUGAUGGAAGUGGCUAUUCAGAGGGAUCUGCAUACAGAAUGGCAGAGCCCUAUUCGCCUCCGGGAGACUAAGCCCCGCUUCAACGUGCCACGUACAUUGCCGUUGCCUGACAGAGUCGAGUACAUGAUGCCAAGGCAGAUCAACGGCAAGAGGGUGUCGGCUUCACUUCGUGAUGGAGCACGUCUUUGUGUCGAAUAUCAGAGGGGGAGGUGCAGCGGUCCUUCCCCUUGCCCGGCAGGCCAGCAUCGAUGCGCGAUCCUGGUUCAGUCAGGUCGCGUUUGUGGUGGUUCCCAUGCGGCCAAGGAAUGCAGGGAGAAGCGCGCGGUGCUUGCUCCUCCAUCGCCUGAGCGUGAGGGGACACGCCCCAAGGUGGCCGCGGUGGUCCUGCGGCCACGAGCAGGGGCACCUAAGGCUUCCAAGGAGGAGGCUGCGGCAUUGCCGCCUCAUCCUAAGAAGGGGCCGCCGCAGCGGCGCGCGCUGGCGAGUGACGCCAGCGACCUUCCGCCACUGAAGCGGCAGCGGGUGGAAUCCCCAGCAGUUCCCGUGAGGCCACCGCCUGAAGCCCGCGGCGGAUUCCUGCAGAGCCUGUGGGCCCGCCUCCGAGCAGACUCCUACGGGGCUGACACCUGGCCUCGGAGGAGUGGGGCGAGCAAUCUGGAGGUGCACUUCGAUCGUCUGGCUACAGCGGGUGGCAAUUCGGCGCAGCGGCCUACGAAGAUCUGGGAAGGAGCGAAUGGUGGUAUCCUGUGGCUGGCAGGGCUGCCUACGGAGGACACAGCGUCUUCCUUUCCGCGCUGUGACAUUCAGCUCAAUUGGAUGCAGCAGGCGGUGACAGCACGUGGUGGCGUGGCGUUGCCGGGUGCCCUGCAACUCCAGAUCAGCAUCACUGAUUCGACGUCUCGGGACGAUCAGUGGCGCGAAGCUUGGCCAGUCAUUCGCCAAACCCUCUUCACAGGAGGUAGUGUCCUGGGCCACUGCAUGGCUGGCCGCCAUCGAGCUGCCACUGGGCAGUCCCUCCUCUUGGCCUUGGUGGACAACAUCAGCUUCGAGGAAGCCCAGAGGCGUGUCAGCCGUCUACGUGACGUCGAGAUCCACAAGGCAAUGGCUCAGGGCACGGUGGCGAAGUGGGUCCGCUACACCCGAAAGAACAGCAUGUCGGGCAAGGUUUGGCCAUCCCCUCGAGCAUUCAUCUUCACGGACCGGUCCCAGAUUCACUUGGAAGUGGAGCAAGGAGUGCCUCUUUGCAAGCAUCGCCAAGGAUCCAUUGCUAGCCAAAGGCUCAAGGAUGUGACCGAGGUUGAGUCCGUGGAGGAAGCCCAGGGCUACGAUCGUCCCUUCUGCAAAGACUGCCUCCAGCGGGCAGCAGCGAAGUUCCACCCAAAGUGA